AUGAAGAUGAAUCGAUUUUACCAACACGACACCCCAUCAGUAAAUAUAAAAAGAAACAAAUUCUUGGAUGCUCAGGCAGAGCACGACCUAGAUUAUGUGUACGGUAUAAAUUCAGUGUCGUCCGUUUUGGUGAAGAACGAGCGGACCAUUCACAGCGUCCUGGUGAACCAGCACAUCCGGCUGAACAAAAAAACGCGCAAGCAGGCGUACCGGUACAUUUUUGACACCCUAAAGGAACGGGGCAUCCCCAUAAGAACCACGAGCAAGAGGAAGAUGGACGACCUGGUGGGCGGCUUCCCACACAACGACAUCAUCAUGCAGACCAGCUACCGAACCAUGAAGAGGGCCAAACACUUCCUGAAGGACUACCCGCAGAAGGGGAAGCAGAAAAGCAUUUACAUCUGCCUCCACGAUGUGUACGAUAAUAUGAACAUUGGGAAUAUCUGCAGGUCGAUUUUCUUCUUCGGGGGGGACUCUAUAUUUUUAAAAAAAAAAAAAAAAAAAAAAAAAUUGCAAGAAAAGCUACUCCAGAUGAAGAUUGACACUCCGGUGCUCCAUUCCAGCGUUGGCACCUCCGAGUUUUUGGACUUCUUUCACGUGAAUGAUAUGCUCUCCUUUAUGGACGACUUAAAAAGUUGCGGAUUUAAAAUACUUUCCACCUGCUGCCGCUUAGACAACUCCUCCACGAACGACCGCCUCCAAGAAUUAGCAAACGUGCGGCUGAGCAAAAACGAAAAGGCAUUUAUUAUCCUUGGGAAUGAGACGAAAGGACUCAGCAAGGAGAUACUAGACAGAUCGGACGCCUGCAUAUACAUAAGUGGGCACCACACAGAAGAAGCUUCUACACCUGCCUUGAACUCUAAUGGGAAUUUUACCCUAGACAGUCUCAACGUGAAUAAUGCCUGCGCCAUCUUAUUGCAUCACUUUGCCUCCCAUUUGGCGUAG